AUGCAUGCAGCCCUCUCCUCUGCCGCCUAUGCAGCCCCAAUUGCUGCCGUCCCCACCGACUCAGGAACUGCCGACCCAGCGGCGGCUCCUGCUGCCCUUCCUGCUGCCUCAGCACCCCUCUGUGCAGUCCUUUCCGUACCAACCGCGGCCUCUGCCACCCCUGGUGCAGCCUCAGCCGCCCUUGCGGCGUUCUCUGCUGCCUCUGCCGUGGUAUGUGCCACCUCACGUGUGGAUCUUGCAGCCCCACCUGCAUCUGCCUCUUCCACAUCCAUAGUCACACCCCCUGGUGUGCCUCCCUCAGGAGCCUCUGCCGCCCCCAACACAUCCUUUGCUGGCCCCACCGCAACCCCAGCUGCCCCCGCCGCAUCCCUUGCUGCCUUCACCACAUCCCUUGCUGCCCCACCCACAGCUUUUGCUGUCCCACCCACUUUCCCUAUUGUCCCGCCCACAUCCCUUGCUGCAGCUCCCGCUGCCCCAUUUCCCACACCUCCACCCUCUCCUCCUCUCUUAUGCUCGGAUGGGGCCAGCCCAGUCCUCCCUUUCAGUCCUCUAGUGGGGUCCCUUGUGCUUCCAGGGCUGCGGUCGUGUGCUUGUAUCUUUUUGUGUGACCUUUUUUUGGUGUGGGUGCUGGUGGGUGCGGUGGAGAGUGGCUCUGUAACCUGCUGGGCAGCCUCGCUUUCCUUCGAGGCAUUUGCGGCGACCAGCGCGACGAACGUGCCGAGCAGCAUUUUGCCCGUCAGUUCUUCUCCCGCGGGCAUUUCGCCCGUCACUUCGUCUCCCGCGGGCAUUCCGCCCGUCAGUUCUGCUCCCGCGGGCAUUUCGCCCGUCAGUUCUGCUCCCGCGGGCAUUUCGCCCGUCACUUCUGCUCUCGCGGGCAUUUCGCCCGUCGCUUCUUCUCCCGCGGGCAUUUCGCCCGUCGCUUCUUCUCCCGCGGGCAUUUCGCCCGUCGCUUCUUCUCCCGCGGGCAUUUCGCCCGUCGCUUCUUCUCCCGCGGGCAUUUCGCCCGUCGCUUCUUCUCCCGCGGGCAUUUCGCCCGUCGCUUCCGCUCCCGCGGGCAUUUCGCCCGUUAGUUCUGCUCCCACGGUCAUUUCGCCUGUCAGUUCUGCUCCCGCGGGCAUUUCGCCCGUCAGUUCUGCUCCCGCGGGCAUUUUGCCCGUCAGUUCUGCUCCCGCGGGCAUUUCGCCCGUCAAUUCUGCUCCCGCGGGCAUUUCACCCAUCAGUUCUGCUCCCGCGGGCAUUUCACCCGUCAAUUCUGCUCUCGCGGGCAUUUCGCCCGUCACUUCUUCUCCCGCGGGCAUUUCGCCCGUCACUUCCGCUCCCGCAGGCAUUUCGCCCGUCAGUUCUACUCCCGUGUGCAUUUCGCCCGUCAGUUCUGCUCCCGCGGGCAUUUCGCCUGUCAGUUCCGCUCCCGCGGGCGUUUCCUCCCCCUUCCCCCUCGCUUCCUCCUCUUUCGGGCCAUCCAGCCCUCCUCCCCCUUCCCCCUCGCUUCCGCCUCCUUCGGGCCAUCCAGCCCUCCUCCCCCUUCCCCCUCGCUUCCUCCUCCUAAGGGCCAUCCAUCCCUCCUCCCCCUUCCCCCUCGCUUCCUCCUCCUAA